UUUAGCUGACAAAGAUCGGAAAUGAUGGGAACAAUUCGGGCAAUUAGAAACCCGAGAGGAACCUUCCGAGUUUUUGGGCUUCUUCAGACGAAGGCUAAAGGUGUAAAAUUUACAUUGUCCAUGGUAUGUUAGCUAAGAUAAUGGCGAAUAGGGCGAAACGAAGCCUCGAUGCCCAGUAUCCAUAACUUUUCAUGUUGGUUGAUUUUGACGUCGCCGCCGAAAGGCGAGUGUUUGUUGUACACCCCACCUUUCGACGGAGCGGCGUACGUGUAUGCCUGAUAUACCGGCGUCCAUGGAGCCAGUCAAAACAUAUCUUCGGAAGACGAAGCACCAGGAGAAUAAAGAUCGGGUGUUCACAGCCAUCUUCGAUUAUGAAGCGACUCGCGAAGACGAGUUGACACUUCGUAAGGGGACAGAAGUAGAGGUGCUCUCCAAAGAUGCGCGAAUCUCUGGUGACGAUGGAUGGUGGACAGGGCAGAUACAUGAAAAAGUGGGUAUCUUCCCCAGUAAUUUUGUUGCUAGAGAUGUCAGUGUACCCACCUCCUUUAGAUCGUUUGAAAUUAAUUUUGAAGAGCUUGAACUGGAAGAGGUGAUAGGGGCAGGAGGGUUUGGGAAGGUGUACAGGGGGAUAUGGAAGGGGGAGGAGGUGGCUGUCAAGGCAGCCAGACAAGACCCGGACGAACCUAUCAGUGUCACCAUAGAGAAUGUCCGUCAAGAAGCCAAAAUGUUCUGGCUAAUGAACCAUCGGAACAUAGCUGCGUUAAAAGGCGUGUGCUUGAAAGAACCCAAUCUGUGUCUUGUGAUGGAAUAUGCAAGGGGGGGAUCCCUUAAUAGAGUUUUAAAUGGACGCAGAAUACCGCCUGAUAUUUUAGUGGACUGGGCUAUGCAAAUUGCCCGUGGAAUGCUCUACCUGCACGAAGAGGGACCUAUUCACAUCAUUCAUCGGGAUUUGAAAUCCAGCAACAGUGAGUAUAAUUCUUCUUGUACAUUGCCCAAAUACAGUAAAUCGGGGUAUCUGCUGGACAAGGUCAUAUCUGCACAGUCCUUGGCAGAUGACUUAAUUAGAUGCUGUUCGUACAGCUUGGGGGCGUCUGAUAUAUGGAGUUAUGGUGUUGUAUUAUGGGAACUGCUCACAGGAGAGACACCAUAUAAAGGAAUUGAUGCUUUGGGCGUGGCGUACGGUGUGGCUGUCAAUAAACUCACCCUCCCCAUUCCAACCACAUGCCCCUCCCUCUUCGCUCAACUUAUGGAAGACUGCUGGAAUCAGGAACCACAUGAGCGCCCCACUUUUGGUGAGAUUUUGACCCGGCUGGAUGAAAUCGCGUCUUCUGGCUUUAUGAACACACCCCAAGACUCAUUCCAUACAAUGCAGGAAGACUGGAAACUGGAAAUCGAACAAAUGUUUAACCAGCUACGUAGUAUUGAAAAGGAAUUGCGUAGCCGGGAAGAAGAGCUGACCAAGGCAGCAUUACAACAAAAACUACAGGAGGAGUUCCUCAAGAAGCGAGAGCAGGAGUUAGCCGAGAGGGAAAUAGACUUGUUAGAAAGGGAACUGAACAUUAUGAUCUUGCAGCAAAUCAUGAACAAACCCACACCAAAGAAACGCAAAGGAAAGUUUAAAAAGAACCGUCUCAAUAAGCAGAGGUCUGGAGGAAAGACAAUCAGUGAACCAUCAGAUUUUCGUCACAAUAUCACAGUGCAGCACGACACGGGUCCGUAUGAUCGGCGGGGGAUGUCUGCUAGUCCUGACAGCCCUCCCCCGGUCUCACCCUUCUCUCAGAACCACCCAUUCCAACCUCGCCUCAGAGCUAUUGCAUACCCUGUGGGAGGAGUGAAGGGCUACACCUGGGGACCAAGUUCUGUCCAGAAAGACAGACAUCAACGCUCCUCUGUCAUUUUCGCCGAUGGUCGCUGGUCUCAUAGUGCACCAAAUCUCGAGAAAACCCUGCGCAACAUGAGUGGACAUUCCAACAUUGGACCUCUGAAAGAAUUUUAUGACGAAGAAGAUGUGUGGCCAGAAGACAUCACUGGAGAGCCGCGGAACAAAACACACAUUCCUCAGAACAACGGAGAUGCUAUCAGCAUGCGUGGAGCCAAGAAAAGUGAAUCAGUCUUAUACAACAUGGCUGUGAUCCUAGCCUCUGUGGCUGCAGGGUUUGACAUCCGCUUGUCCAAGACCACAGCCAUCCACCCAGAUGUGCUGGGGGCCAGUGGGGAAGAGAAACCCCCGGCCAAACGAGACUCCUUCAUUUUAAACCGACGCGACGCCUACUUCUCAGCAGUGCGCGACUCGCUCAUCGAACCCGAAGGAGACUUUAAGAACUACCCGUUCACCAGCACAUCUGGCUAUCACCACCAUACAUAUCACGGGGUUCAGGCACGCCACAGGCCCUCUGCCUAUUUCGACGGCGUUCCCAUGCGCUUCACUGAACAGACUGAACAGAAUCAUGCAUUUACAGGCGAAGGGCAUGUAGGCUCUUCCAGCAAUUCUACCUCCCCGCGCAGGUCAUCAGAAAGUGAGAGUCCUCUAAUUUCUCUGUCUCCUUCCCAGGACAAAAGCUUCAUGUUUCAGAGACAGAUGUCAGAAAGUAGCGCUUAUGACACAGUGAAGCCUUCAGCCAAACUUACCCCACAGAGGCACUCUGUGACUUUCGAAGACGAUUUCAAUCCUGUAAGGCAAGCAUAUAACUGUCAUAAGCGCACGCCAUCAAAUACCUCAAAUUGCUCGGGACUGGCGUUCGAUAAUGACCUCUGGUCUCGCCCUGACACCUCAAUAACGUCGGGGCAACCUCCCAUUCCCCCACGCAGAUACUACAACAGCCCUGAGCAGGCUGAGAGACCCAAAACACUUAAUGUAGGGCCUAGACAGCGCCACAUUGCACCCACUUCUAUUUUAAAAAACGCUUCUCCGACGCCAACCACACAUAUGUCUCGUGAUACAGUGCGCCACUCCACAAGCACCCCUACCCCAGACUCUGUGGUGGAGAACAUGCACUAUUUCUCUGCUCGCUCCCGGCCGUCACCGGGCAGCACCCCUCCUCACAUUGCCCACCACAAGACCCUGUUAGACAUCGAUGUGGAGGGACAGAGUCAGGAUAGCACCCAGCCCUUGGUGCGACCAGACCCAAGCCAAGUCUCACGAACUACUUCCUCACAUUUUGAGCGAGACUUCCUUCACUGACUGCAGCUAUUUAGUAGCCCGUAUUUAUGUAUUUGUGUGAUGCUGGUGCAGGGUCCUGGUGGGGCAGGGCUGAAAUGUCUAACCACAUGUAACCUUAUCUACUCAACUGGGUGAUGACAAAGAAAACGAGGCCAGUAAAGUUAAUUCAUUGGUCAGGACAAACUUGUUUGUCCAAGAAGAUAUAGAAAUCUGAAUGCAGUCAUGAGAUUGCAUCAUUUUAGUGAGAAAGUUUUAAGUACUAUUUGAUUUUCAUUUAAAUUAUUAAUGGAAGAUUCUAUAUGUGGACUCCCUGACAGCAUUCUGGACGAUAAAUUCCCACUUAUUGAUGGAUUAACUUUAUUGGCCGUUUGCUAUUUUCAGAUAAUAUGAGACAAAAUUAUUCAUGUAUAUUUAGUUUUGAUUGUAAAUGUCAUUAUCUUGUUCUACCAAGUCUCUUGUACAUGCCUAUGUUACAUAGAAUACAUGAAAUGCAUCAGAAGUCUAUGUGUUUGACAGCCUUAUGAGAUGAUGGUGUUAGUUAUAGUCUUCAUAACUGUACAUGUAUUUAUACCAGAAAGACCACUUGAUGAACAUGUGUGUUUUGAGAUGUAAAAACAAAUGUUUCUACUGUGCAAUAUAUAUAACUGUAGGCAAAUAUUCCGGCUGAGAGACUGCCAAAACAAAAACCAGUACCAUAGUUGACAUCUUUGGGCUGUACUAUUGUACAGUGAAUGGUUAGGAUGUGGUUUUGCAUUUGUUUAUCAAACAGGCAUACUACUCAGUAUGAUCCUGCUUGGAAAAAGUAUUUUCAAAUAGAAAACAAAAAUGUAGACCAUAAUAUAAAAAUAUGGAAUUUGUAAUAUUGGUCAAGAGGUAAGUUGUUAUGAAGAAGUUGAUUUUGAUAUUGUGUUAAAAAGUUUAGGAGUAUAAUCAGCAACAUGUUGCAACUUAAUGUCACACAGCUGUGAAUUAGUGAGACUUCAACUCGCCGUGUACAUACAGCUGAUUGGCAAACUGGCUAAAAUUGAGUCCCAUUUAACAAACAGCUGUUUUCGGUAUCCAGCAGAAAUAUAAGACAAGUUGUGAUAGUAAAAAAAGAAUGCCUCAAGUUUAGAGUAAACCCAGUCAAGCCCAAGCAAAAUCCCAAAGAUGAAUAGCGCUGAGCACCUAAGCAUUACCUGAGGUGUGUAUGAGUUUAAAAUAACACAUUCUCAAGACACCUGUAAAAAACGUACAACCUUCAGACAGAUCAGUGGAAUUAUAUAUCUUACUACACUUUUUUUCAUAGCCAGUAAUAUCAUUGCACCUGCUUCUGAAUGACCUUAUCACGUCUCAACACACCUCAAAUUAACCUCUUCUAGGAUUGUUACAUGUUCAAUGUGUUUCACCAAAAAUUUCACUUGGAAAAAUGCUAAACCUUUAUGCAGUUGUCUUACAUAUAAAAGGAAAUAUGUAUUCUUAAAUCUUAGCUGCUGAAGGCUUGCUCUUGAUCUAUAAUCUUUAGUCCUAGUGGUUUUAAAGGCAUGUGGCACUAGACCGGUAUCUGUGAUAAAUAUUUUAGGAAAUCUGCAGGUUGUACAGGCAAUAUAGUGGACUUGCUCAUUUGUAACACUUAUAGUUACCGCUUUACCCCCACACACCUCUGUCAGGUCCCCGCCAUGUGGACCAUCUCUUGAUAAUGAAAGUUUGUGGUGUUAUGCAGUAAUGAUUCUAAACAGAUCAUGGCACUUUUGAUGUGCUGCUAAGGACAUCAGUAAAAUCUCCAAAAAUUGUCCCUGCUGACCACAAUACUGUGUACAAUAUUAUCACCAACCCUACUCCAUGACAAAUUUGCAGCCUUAGUCAUGAAUUAAACUUGUUCAAUAUUCAAAAGCAUUUAAGGCAGAAUAAAACAUUAAAGUAAAUUUUAUAAAAAUGUUGGCACUGACACAUUGAAGUGUGUGGAAGCAGCCAAAUCAGUAACAAUACUUCAAACUCUAGAAAAGACGAUUCGUAACCUAAACUAUUCUGUAUCAUAUCAAAUGUGCUUUGAUUUCUGCUAUUCCACUAUGACAAAAGUGCUCUUUAUUUUCCUUGUUAGAUAAUAUAUAAUUCCCUUAUUUGUAUAUAAGACAGAUAUUAAGUAGUCAUAAACAGAGGAGAGCUUAAGAGUGCUGCCCUGCUGUGAAGUGUGAUAGCUGUGUACGGAUGAAGACGGCUGUGAUUGUCCAGCUUAUGCGGACACAUGUUAUACAGCCCUGUGAUGACCAAGCCUAACUGUCAAACCAAACACUUUUCCAGCUUUACAUUUCUGCCUUCUGAGAUAUUCAUUGUGUUUGUGAGGUAGCAAUCUACAUAGUGACUUAUGCAAAACAAAAUAAUUUCUCUGUUCAAAAAAUGCUCAAAAGAUUGGCUUACCUGUGAAGUUUGAGGGUUUCCUAGGCAAUGAGUGUACCUGUUUGUAGCAACCUUAGCCAAGUUUUGUCUGUUGUCACUAUGGUGGUUAAAUGCUCGAAAAAUUAAGAGUGCUUGGCAAAGCUGUCCCAGGUCGUCUUGGCUGAGCAACAGUUUUUUAUCCCAGUGUUUUGAAGAGCUACAAACCACAUACAUGUACAGUUUAGUUGGUUACAACUUGUCUUCUACUCUGUGAAGUUUGAAUAUUAGUGUGUUUGGGUGUUGUCUGGAUUUUACCUGCAUGUGUUGGGACAUUUCUAAUGACCAGAUUGCACAUUAACUGAGAUUGCUUGGUUUUUUAAAUCGUUUCGUCACUUCACUGAGGCCUUUCAAUAUUUUCCCCUGGCUUUAAAAGUCUAUUGCCUUUCUGCUUACUUUCUCUUGCUGGCUCGGCAUUACAAUCAUGACAAAUAAAGCUGUGAAAUUGUAUAUUCCUUGAAACAUGCUUACUUGUAGGUUACUUUUUCAAGAAUAGGUUAUGUUUGAGCAUAAACUGUCUUAACCCCAAAGCAGAUAACUAUUUCCACAAAGUGCACAUUAAAACCAACUACUUCCUGUUCCAUUAAGCAUCCCAAAAGUCCCAAUUUUGACUUCAGAAGAGUCUUUUUGGCAGAGUUGUUUCAUAUGACCGCGCAAUCUGUGACAUCUGAUAAUUGUCAAUUCAUGGUUGACUUGCUGUAUUUGUACUAUGUGUUUGCAUUAGCAGUAUGUGUUCAUGUACACAAGUACACAAGUACAAUACUGAUGCUACGAAAGUUGUUUUCGGAGAUAAACAAGGACAACAACAGUUGUUUGCUCAAAACUUGCCCUGCUUAA